AUAUUCCAUGCAUAUUCAUCCAUAAUCAUCUACACCCGGGCGAAGACAGUCGCUUGGAACGUUUGUCUGUCUAGUUGGUUCCAAGUGUUCGUCAUCUUGUUCUUUUGCGAUAAAAGGAUACAAUGAGCGGUGAAGAGGGCAAUGAAGCUACAGGUGUGCAGUAUAACGGCAGGCAUAAAUCUGCCAGGGAACUCUCAUUCCUCAAGGAGGAAGAUUUGGUGAAAAACGUCGAUUUCGACUCGUUUUUGGACCAAUCAAUGGCAUCUGAUGAUAACAGUAACUCGAUUCUCAACUAUUUUAACAAAUGUGACAACAUCGACUCUCCAGUUAGGUUGGAGACUUCAGAGAAUGGACUGGCGGGCUUUGCUUCCCUAAAGACAAAGACCUUUGACAACAAUUUUAGGGAUCUGCAUGACCUAAAACGCGAAAAUGAGCUCCUCACACUCUCAAAACGGUACCUUUACAGCAAACUCUAUACACCAAAGUUGGAAGCUCUGCAGAAACUUGUAGAGCCGGGGGCUUAUCCUGGCUCCAGAGUUCCCUUUGGAAGAGAUGUGAACCGGAAUACCCAUAUCCAUAGUUCUUCAACCUCAAAAGCACAGAGAAAAGUGCUUGGUCGCACAACUACACAUUUCACACUUGACCCGAACUUUAUGGAUACAAGUACUGACACCAGGACAGAAGACCUGGAGGUGUCAUCCGACUUUGUAGGAGACUCUACAUCCAUGUUCAAGGGGAAUGUUGCAUCCUUUGAAGAUUCUACACUGGCUCCUGAUCUUUCGGAAUCAGAUACUGAUCGGAUGUCUACCAAACGACCAAGUGUUGAGUUUGAUGCGUUUUCUACUCUCCCAGAAAAACGUAUACAUACAAGUAAAAUCUCACAAGCCCAAAAAAAUACUCAAAACGUAAUAACACUGAUGUCAAAUCAUGUUAAUGUUAAUGGAGUAAAAAAGAAGCGCGUUCAGAUUCCACAAUCUGCCUACAAGAGAGCCCAUACGGGAGGUGAUGAAAGCUCCAACAAAAUUGUACUAAAGCUAGUGGAUUCAGAAGAAUCGCCGAAAAGUCUUGCAGAAAAGAUUGAAUGCUGUCUGGACAAUAUCGUAGAUUCCAUAGAAUUAUAUGGUACAGAAAUUGUAAAUCCAGAGAUUAUUCUGGAAUCCCUAGAAGCUAUACGUCCGCAAUCAAUGGAUAAGGAGGUCUUUGACUUGCUAUGCCUAAAGCCAAUUGGAAUGAGUGGUGAAGAAUUUUCAAAUCUAAUGAGCAACUAUGGCGGAGAAGAAUUUAUAAACCAACUCCAAAACUUUAAUGCCGUAAAUACAAACGCUAUGGGACAAGUCCUGGAUCCAGAACACGAAAUAUUAAAAGAACUAAAUAGGUUGGGAAGAAUACACAAGAAACUAAUUAAUGAACAUACCUACUAUACUAAUGUUUUUGCAAGGCUCAAGGAGAACUUUGCGUCACAGGUGGAAGAUCUCCUGCAAACAACACGACAAGAUCUCAGGCUAGAAGGUGGUUAUUCAUAUCUACAAUGGGGAAGAAUAAAAAACAUUACAUCGUGGAAACAAGGCGAUCCUAUCAUACGAGAAAAGGGCUUUGCUCAGGAUAUGGCAUCAAAAAACAAGAUAAAGACGCUACAGAGGAUGGAAGAAGCGUUCGGAUCAAAUAUAAAGACUUGUGUGGAUUCUCCAAUUUCACAUAUUCCAAUGGAAGAAGGGCAAUACAUCUACUUUAUAAAGUCGCUGCAAGACGUAGAAGAGAAGGAACAAGAGGCAUUCCAGCUACAAGUGCGUAGGGACAGGCUACAAACUAUCGCUGAGUUUACGGUUGCUGGACCACCAUACAAACCAGAAGACUGUCUAGCAUGGAAGUGCAUAGGACUCUCCUGCAAUUCGAUAGUAUGGAAGAUGUAUAAUACGGCAGAGUGCCGUCCCAUUGUGUACAAGUUUAGAGCCCUAAAAGAAUCUGAUUCUCGAACGAUUGAAACUCUAAAAAAAAUGUAUAAUACGGCGUUUGAAAAGAUUAAAGGACUAAAGUUUAAACUCUCAAAGAGGCGUCAAAUUCUCUUUUCCAGCAGUGUGAACAUCAAGGGUAACAUGAUUAUAGAGGAAAUGCCUUUUGUCAACUACACGCCAUUCUUUUUGUUCAUGGAAAAAUCUAUGCAAUUGAACUCCAACGAAAAGUUUGCUCAUACUCAGGUGGUAGUGAGAGAAAUAGUCCGCUUGGUUAACCAGAUAAAAGAUCUGAACUUUAUUCUUCCUCUGAAAUCUAGCAGAGUAUUUGUCAGCAGUGGGAAAAUUGUUCUUUCAGCGGGGGUGCCACUUUCUAUCCUUGGCAAAGAGUACAUUGAUCUUGCUGGGAAAAUCGCACAACCAACAAUCGCCAGUCUUCUUUGGGGAAAACACAUAAACUGGUAUCUACCUCCAGAAGCAAACAAUAAUCCUGCAUAUACGACUGAUCCAACACUGAUAUCAAAGGCACAUACGUGGAUGAUUGGGAAGAUUAUAUACGAGGCAACAUCUCCAACGACAAUCACCAGGCAGGAAUUGGAUAUUUCUCGCAUAGACACAUGCGAAAAUGAUGUCACCAGAGAGUUUCUCAAAAUCUGCCUAAACGUGAAUGUAGACGCAAGACCAACGAUAGAGGAGCUUUUAAGCUUCCCAUACAUGAGGAGGAUAAAGAUAAAUUACGGAACCCUGGUGCCAACAAACGUUCCGAAAUCUCGGUGUGCAGUCGAGUUCAUGGGCGAUCUCGAGACUAUUCUCCUCAACAAGAUCCGCCGUACUGAAAAGGGUGUUGCUGACUAUGAACAGCAGGAGGAAGUCGACAUCAAGUUUUGUGACAGUGACGACGACAAUCUCGGCUCCCUAAACGAUAUAGACAAGUAUGCCUACUAUCUUAACAUCGCAAACGAAAUUUCUUAA